GAGAGCAGCACUACCUCUCCUCUGGACAGCUCCACCACAAUAGCAGCGCACUGCCUGCCACAUCGCCCGAAACGAAAUCGAAACGGUGUUGAGUUUUUGGCGCGCAAUUUUGUCAACCUGCAGAAAUUCAAGCUGCCAUACGAUAGCAUAGCAUUUUGCUUGCUUGUUUGUCUUUUUUUUUGCCGUGGCUCCCUCAGUGCGACUGUGUGUGUGUUUUGUGCGAGGAUAAUUGCAGGGCGCAUUUGAAAUAUUGAUGGGACAAGUGCAGCGACAAAGGGCUCAAUAAUUCAAGAGACUUGCAGUGCGGUGAGCCCCCUCAGCCCCCCAUUGGUUAUAUGUAGCAAAAGAAAAGAAAACAACAACAAGUACGGGAACGGGAACGGGAACGUUAACGGGAACAACAAUCGCUAACAAUCAAACGGCGAGGAUGAGCAUGUGAAUCCAAUUGGCGGCGAUGGCAUCGAGCAGCAACAAGCCCAAGUACAGGUCCCACAGCGGUGCGGUUGGCACGCAACUUCGUUGGCUGGACUGCCUCAUCCAGCUGUGCUUGUUUACCCGAGCUGUGAGACUGGCUGCUUACGCCGAGGAGGUCACUACUUCAGGCAGCCUCUCGGAAGAAUGGGGCUCCGGCUGGCGUGGCACCAAUUUCCUGGUAGAAGUGGAACAGACGGCACCCUCCCUACCCUCGGGAUCAGUGGCAGGCGCCAGCAGCAGCAGUGGCAGUGGCAGUGGCAGUGGCAACGUUGAGGACUAUCUGAGCAGCCUGGAGGAGGAUGGCAGCUUCACAACGGGCACCACACCGGGAGCCAACUCCAACAGCAGCACCGUGGACACGGGACCCAAGAUCAUUGUGCGCACGGAGGAGGUGCUGAUUGUGGGCCUCGUACUGGUCCUGUGGGUGGGCGCCAUUAUGUUAUUUUUCAAUCGCUGGGGCAAGAUUCGCAUGCUGGAGCCCUACCAGCCAAAGUUCCAGCAGCAGCAUCGCAGCUCCUGCCCGCUGGUCGAUCUGGAUGCAGUGACAACGCAUCAGCGCACAUCCGUCUCGCGUAUGUCGAUGGGCAUGGUGCAUAAUCUGAAUAUGCCGACGUGUCAAUUUGCGGCCUAUAAUCCCAACAUUUAUGCCAAGGGUUAUGCCUCGCAUGUGUCGCACGUGUCACGGCCGAGGCAGAACUCGGUGUUUGUGGGUGCCAGCACCAGUCACUAUCUGAUGCCGCGAGCGCCACGCAAGACACGCUCGGCCAUGGACUUGCACUCCAUGGUGCUGGAUGAGAGUGCCGAACAGGUGUAGGUGCCCGCCCCCCAAGAUGCAGCAGGAGCAGCCAUCAGCCAAGGACUAAGUCGCAUAUUUGUUGUAUAAGUCAGUGUGUAAGUGGGGUGGGGAUGAGAGGGAGUAAGUGGUUUUUCAUUUGAUUCAAAGGUGUGAAAGAAAACGCUGCCCAACUAUUUACACUCAAAGCCCAUGCCCCUGUCUGUCUGUCUGUCUGUCUUUCAUUUGUCUAGAAGGGAUAUGUAAGUGCUUUGUCCUUUCAGCGAUUCAUUGGAAUCCAGCAUUCGUGUCAAUUUUGGUUAAAGCUGUCUUCUAGCCCAACCCAUUACUGAAGCAGACCUCUAGCAGUACUAACUAUGGUAGAGCAUUCGUAUUAUUAGCUUCAUUAUCCAGUGUUACUCUCAAACGUAUGUAGUCUAUGCCUAACCCACACGUUUCUCUUCUACUUCUAUAACUUAGCGUCUUUCUGCCACAACUAUUGGAUACCAGAAUAGACAUAUUUAGUGAAAUACAAAUGCAAAUAUUCAAUAUACAUACGUACACAUGUACAAUACUGUGUCAUUAAUUGUUUAGUUUGUAAGCCUAAAAAGCUCAAAAUGGAUCAGAAUAGAAAACUCUCUGGAAAAUUGUACCACAACACAACAGAACGUACUUUCGUGUAAUUUUCUUUGAUUUAUUUUUCUUGGCUGCAGCAAAACUCUAUCAAAACUAUCUGUACUAGCUAACUGUCUAGACUACUCGUAAGUUGUAAGUAUUUUGGAGACCAAGAGCAGAUUGAAACUGCAUGGAGAAGGAGGAGAAAGAAGAAAAAACAAACUAACGAAAGCUUUAAAUUCCUUUUGGGGCCUGUACCAAACAAAAAGAAAAAAUCAAAUAAAUAAAAAAGAAAAAGAAAAGGAAACCCAUCCAGAACAAAACCGAAAAUUGUAUUCUAAGCUUAAGGUAAAUAACUCUCAACCAAAUGUCUAGUGCAAAAUAUGUGGAACAAUGUAAACUAUAAACUAAAACACUAAAGCCUAACCGAAACCUAAACUCGAACUCAAACUACAGAUCUACAACCACAUCGUACUCGUAUAUUGAAGGGCACUCCCGUACCAUAAAGGUGUUUGCCCAAACAACAAAUGUUCUAACUUGUUUUACAAUAUUUACAAGAGCCUCGGCAAAACAACGUUAUAUACAACACUUGUGUACCAUACAUAUGUA